CAUUAUUUCUAUGCAGCCUAAUCCGCCGCAGAAUCUUAAGAUACCACUAUCUCUAUAAUAAAACUGGUCACCAAGUGACAGCUCUUAAACUGAACCUGAUCAUAAGACAAACCACCGAAACCUGUACAGCCACAUCCGGAUGUUUUCCUUUCUCUCACCUUUGUUAAAAACCGAUCGGUAACAAACCGUAUAAACACAUGCAGCAGUAUGCAUAAUGCCAGGAUCAACACAACUUUACGGCACCGUCCGUAGCGUAAGUAUCGCUGGAACAUUCGCAGAUGGAGGAAUCUUGGUGGAUGGAAAAUGUACAAAGAAGACACAUGUACACCGUGCAGUGGAUUAUUACCGUAAAAUUUCAAGCCACAUUUUCUGCUGGUCUACCGAGUCGGACCGAAAUUUACGUAAAGAAAUUGAAGAUUCCAUUCAGGAUUUGUGGGGAAACAUGCAUAUGGAUUAUGGACAACACAUUAAAUUCCUCCAGCCUGUAUUUGCUUCACAAUUUGCAACACGGCAGUGGUAAUCGCAAAGCCAGGGGCUCGACGGACGUGCGUCCGGACGAGAGCGCCAUUCUUGCUGAAUUAGUACAAAGCACAGCAUUAUAAUGAUACCCUAGUUGCAUGUUCGUUGGUCAACUUCCUUAUGGUCAU